UCAUUCAUGAGCAAACUGAGAGGUGGAUCCUGCGCUGCCGUGUGAUUUCACUGACACACUCACUAUUACAUUGGACAAUGCUGCGAGUAAGAUGUCUGAGAGGAGGUAGCAGGGGGGCCGAGGCUGCCCAUCUGAUCGGAGCCAUGCUUGGUCGUGCGGUGACUGGAUGGGUGCAGAGGGCGUUCCAGAGCACUUCAAGUGCAGCUGCUGCACAGCCGCACCAUGCAGUUGAAGAGGAACACGUUACUGAGCCUGUGCAGCAGGAAUGUCCUGUAUGCAGCUACAAUGAAUGGGACCCUCUCGAGGAGGUGAUUGUGGGCCGUGCCGAGAACGCCCAUGUGCCUCCCUUCACUGUGGAAGUGAAAGCUAACACAUAUGAGAAGUAUUGGCCCUUCUAUCAGAAGUAUGGGGGCCAGUCUUUUCCUGCGGACCACUUGAAAAAAGCUGUUGCUGAGAUUGAAGAAAUGUGCAAUAUCCUGCGUCACGAGGGCGUCAUUGUGAGGAGGCCAGAACCCAUUGACUGGUCCCUGGAGUACAAAACUCCAGAUUUCACAUCAUCAGGCAUGUAUGCUGCCAUGCCCAGAGACAUCCUUAUAGUUGUGGGAAAUGAGAUUAUUGAGGCACCUAUGGCCUGGAGAGCUCGUUUCUUUGAGUACCGGGCCUACAGGCCUUUGAUCAAAGAGUACUUCAGUAAAGGUGCUAAAUGGACCACUGCUCCCAAACCCACUAUGGCUGAUGAGCUGUAUGAUCAGGACUACCCCAUCCGCACAGUGGAGGACAGACACAAGCUGGCUGCCCAGGGGAAGUUUGUGACCACGGAGCAUGAGCCCUGCUUCGAUGCUGCUGAUUUUAUUCGAGCUGGGAGGGAUCUUUUUGUCCAGAGGAGUCAGGUUACAAAUUACAUGGGAAUUGAAUGGAUGCGUCGUCAUCUUGCCCCAGACUACAAGAUCCACAUAAUCUCAUUUAAGGAUCCUAACCCAAUGCACAUUGAUGCCACCUUCAACAUCAUCGGGCCAGGACUGGUGCUGUCAAACCCAGAUCGGCCUUGUCGCCAGAUUGACAUGUUCAAGAAGGCCGGUUGGACUAUUGUGAAACCUCCAACACCUCUGAUUCCUGAUGACCACCCACUGUGGAUGUCCUCCAAAUGGCUGUCUAUGAACGUCCUGAUGUUAGAUGAAAAGCGCGUUAUGGUUGACGCCAAUGAAUCCACCAUUCAAAAAAUGUUUGAGAACCUCGGUAUCAAGACCAUAAAGGUGAACAUUCGCCAUGCCAACUCCCUGGGUGGUGGCUUCCACUGCUGGACAACUGACGUCCGCCGCCGUGGUACCCUGCAGUCCUACUUCCACUAGCCUUGCCAGAAAUAGGCAGUUUUUAUUGAGCUUUGAAGAUUAAAGCCUCAGUCCGGAUUUUCAUUUCCACUGUAACUGACAAAUUUGUUGCCAAUCAUGUGUAUACACAGGUUAAUGAAGGGAGGAGCUUUGUGACACAAAAUCUACUGUUUCCAAAUUUCAAACCCCAUCUUAAAAAGUAUGCACAUUUGAAAUUUCUGUGUUCGGGUGUCAUCUGCUGCAAUUCAAAGUCAAACCAAUGGACAGUGUAAUCUUCAAACCUGUAUGAAACUAGUAAUUGAGAAAGCUUAUAGUGUUUCAGGUGGCACCAAAGACGUUUUCUGGAUUGGGUCUUAAUGUCCUAAAUGAACAUGUAUGAAUAGUUUUGAUUUGACAUUGCUGUGCAUCUCAGUGCCUUUGCAAAACAGCUUUGUUGAGAUAUAUGUAUAUAUGCUCAAUAGUAACAAAUGAACAUCACUUUACUUCAGUCAGUAAUCUCAAUAUUAACUGCAUUUCUGGCCUGGCUAUUGUGAAGCUGAACACCUGAAAAGUCACAACUCUGAGGACAAGGUACAAUUUGGUAUGUGAAUGUCAUCAAACUACAGGGCACAGGAGGAGAGAAGCUACCUCCUCAUGGAAACUUGGACACCAUAAUUCUAUCUUUUUCCAAAGUAUUUUUAUAUUUAAAGAAAUGUAUAAAAGUUGUUACGUAGGUCAUUAAUUAUUAAUAUUAUUAAUCAUUUUAUUAUUAAUAAUUUCUUAUGGCUAGUAUAUUAUUUUGUAAAGAUUUUAACUGAUUGAACAGACAAAGUUCUAUUUAUAUUUUUCAUACUCUUUAUUGGAUUUCCCGACAAUUAGUGUUUUUAUAUAUUAAAAAGUAUGCUGUCCAUAUCAGAUAUUGUAUACCUUUUGCCUCUGCUGUUUUCUUCUAUUGCAAAUCUGGGCCAGUUAUAUGCUACUAGUCAUUGUCACUGAACUGCUUGGCUGCUUUUGUGUGCAAAGCAAAAAUGCCUUAAAAAAAAAAAAAGAAAGACAUUUUGUUGUGAAGACUGAUGUUUUAUGAUUCCUUUGCUGCAUAUACAGUUGGAUAUAGAUGUUUACCUCUUGAAGUCUGCCUUGAUAUUUAUUUUGAAACAAUGAAUUCAAGGGAAGUUAUGGCUCAGCAGAGGAAUGCAAGUGAAGUUUUGUA